UCGACCUGAUUAAUAAAAGAUUAUUCUAUUAUCAAGAGAUAUCCACGCAAUUAUCUUCCGCAGGUGUGGCAUAAAAGCAUUUACCAUAAAAGUGGGAUUAAAUUGAACGGAAACCAUGGAAAGUUUAGCAGUGUUUGGUUUGGUCCUACUCCUUGCGGGGAUUAACUCUGAGCAUAACUCGAACCAGUGGAAUAGUAGGAAUACCAUUGUUCACCUGUUCGAAUGGAAGUGGGAUGACAUUGCAGCAGAAUGUGAAGACUUCCUGGCACCGAAGGGUUACGCUGGAGUUCAGGUCUCGCCAGUCAACGAAAACCUCAUAGUAUCCGGACGACCAUGGUAUGAACGCUACGCACCAAUAUCCUACAAACUCAUUACACGCUCAGGAAAUGAGGAACAAUUCGCGGAUAUGGUACGACGCUGUAACAAUGUUGGAAUAAGGAUUUAUGUUGACGUUAUUUUCAAUCACAUGUCAGGAAAUAGUGACGCACCUAUUGGAACAGGAGGUACAGUGGCCAAUCCCCUGGAUAAGGACUACCCAGGUGUACCAUAUAUGGAACUCGAUUUCCAUCCAUCGUGUAACAUUAAUGACUGGAAUGAUAUUUACCAGGUGCGCAACUGUGAACUUCUUGGACUUAAGGACUUAGAUCAAAGCAAGGAGUGGGUACGUAAUCGCAUCGUUGACUUCCUGAAUCAUUUGAUUGAUUUGGGAGUGGCUGGAUUCCGAGUUGAUGCUGCAAAGCAUAUGUGGCCCGAUGAUCUGAGGGUUAUUUAUGGCAACCUUAAAGAUCUCAACACCUAUCACGGAUUUCCCGCUAAUUCCCGUCCGUUCAUUUAUCAAGAAGUUAUCGACUACGGAUUAGACGCUAUUUCUAAGUACGAAUAUACUGAGUUUGGAGCUGUAACGGAAUUCCUGUUCUCCGAAAACAUCGGUAGAGCUUUCCGAGGAGGAAGCAGUUUAAAGUGGUUAACAAACUGGGGUCCAGAAUGGGGUUUCUUGCCUUCUGAUCAAGGCUUGGUUUUCGUUGACAACCAUGACAAUCAGCGAGAUGGAGAUCAAGUUCUGACAUACAAAACCCCGAAAGAAUACAAAAUGGCCAUUGCUUUUAUGUUGGCACAUCCUUACGGAAUAACCAGAAUUAUAAGUUCAUUUGACUUCGGCGAUAGAGACCAACCACCACCGUCCGCUGAUGGAGAGGCCAUAUUGUCACCAACUUUCAACGCAGAUGGCACUUGCAAUAAUGGUUGGAUCUGUGAGCAUCGUUGGCGUCAAAUAUACAACAUGGUUGGAUUCAAAAAUGCAGUUCGUGGUACCGGACUCAAUGACUGGUGGGACAAUGGAAACAAUCAAAUAGCCUUCUGUCGUGGAGGAAGUGGAUUUGUAGCCUUCAAUCUGGAACCGUUCGACUUUAACCAAACUUUGCAGACAUGUCUGCCAACUGGUACUUACUGUGAUGUUAUUUCUGGAUCGAAAGUUGAUGGAAAAUGUACGGGGAAGACUGUUGAGGUUGGUUAUAAUGGGAAGGCGAAAAUCUACAUUGGCACUUCUGAGGAAGAUGGAGUUUUGGCUAUUCACAAGAAUGCAAGGCUGUAAAUUUUAGCAAGAGAGAAUAAAAAUAUGUGAGGCACGAAGAGAGGUGUUCUUUGGGCAAAGC